GGCGGGGCUGAGGCGGCGCGGCGCGGCGCGGACUGAGCCCCAGGCGGAGGCCGAGUCGGAGGACGCGGCGCGGGCGCGGAGGCGGAGGCGGCCGGCGGGGGACGGCGGGGGACGGCGAGGGGCGUCGGAUCCCCGCAGACCUGUCGUCCUCGGCCCGUCCUCCGGCCCCGGCUCCGCGCGGCUGAGGAGGCGCGGCCGGGACCAUGUCGGCGGGCGGCCGUGACGAGGAGCGGCGGAAGCUGGCCGACAUCAUCCACCACUGGAACGCCAACCGGCUGGACCUGUUCGAGAUCAGCCAGCCGACCGAGGAUUUGGAGUUCCAUGGAGUGAUGAGAUUUUAUUUUCAAGAUAAAGCUGCUGGAAACUUUGCAACAAAAUGUAUUCGGGUCUCUAGUACUGCCACCACUCAAGAUGUAAUCGAAACGCUCGCAGAGAAAUUUCGACCUGAUAUGCGGAUGCUGUCGUCUCCUAAGUAUUCACUCUAUGAAGUGCAUGUCAGCGGAGAAGAAAGAAGAUUGGACAUAGAUGAGAAACCUCUAGUUGUACAAUUGAAUUGGAACAAAGAUGACCGGGAAGGCAGAUUUGUUCUUAAGAAUGAGAAUGACGCCAUUCCUCCUAAGAAGGCUCAAAGUAAUGGACCUGAAAAGCAGGAAAAAGAAGGAGUUAUCCAGAACUUCAAGAGAACUCUGUCAAAGAAAGAAAAGAAGGAAAAAAAGAAGAGAGAAAAAGAGGCAUUGCGACAGGCGUCUGAUAAAGAUGAUAGACCUUUCCAAGGGGAGGACGCUGAAAAUUCUCGACUGGCUGCUGAGGUUUACAAAGACAUGCCUGAAACCAGCUUUACUCGAACCAUUUCUAAUCCUGAGGUGGUUAUGAAACGACGGAGGCAACAAAAAUUGGAAAAGAGAAUGCAGGAAUUUCGGAGCUCAGAUGGGCGGCCUGAUUCAGGUGGAACAUUGAGAAUUUAUGCAGAUAGUUUAAAACCAAAUAUUCCCUACAAGACAAUCCUGCUGUCUACUACAGAUCCUGCAGACUUUGCUGUGGCUGAAGCUUUAGAGAAGUAUGGUCUGGAAAAAGAAAACCCUAAGGAUUACUGCAUCGCCCGGGUUAUGCUUCCUCCUGGAGCCCAGCAUUCUGAUGAAAAGGGUGCUAAAGAAAUUAUUCUUGAUGAUGAUGAGUGUCCUUUACAAAUCUUCAGGGAAUGGCCAAGUGACAAAGGGAUUUUAGUCUUUCAGUUGAAGAGGAGGCCACCAGACCACAUCCCAAAGAAAACCAAGAAACACUUGGAAGGCAAGACACCCAAGGGAAAGGAGAGAGCUGACGGGUCUGGCUAUGGCUCUGCCCUUCCUCCAGAGAAGCUGCCCUAUUUAGUAGAGUUAAGCCCAGAUGGUUCUGACUCUAGAGAUAAGCCAAAGCUUUACCGCCUUCAGUUAAGUGUUACUGAAGUUGGUACAGAAAAAUUGGAUGACAGCUCUAUCCAGUUGUUUGGCCCAGGAAUUCAGCCCCAUCACUGUGACCUCACCAACAUGGAUGGAGUGGUCACUGUGACGCCCAGAAGUAUGGAUGCAGAAACCUAUGUGGAAGGCCAGCGCAUCUCGGAAACCACCAUGCUGCAGAGUGGCAUGAAAGUGCAGUUUGGGGCAUCCCAUGUAUUUAAGUUUGUAGACCCCAGUCAGGAUCAUGCUCUUGCAAAAAGAUCUGUGGAUGGAGGCCUGAUGGUUAAGGGCCCAAGACAUAAACCUGGAAUUGUUCAGGAGACAACUUUCGAUUUGGGAGGAGAUAUUCAUAGUGGGACAGCAUUACCGACAAGCAAGAGCACCACUAGGCUGGACAGCGACAGAGUAUCAUCUGCCUCUAGCACAGCUGAGCGGGGAAUGGUGAAGCCGAUGAUCAGAGUAGAGCAGCAGCCAGAUUAUCGCAGGCAAGAAAGCAGAACGCAGGAUGCUUCUGGGCCUGAACUGAUACUGCCUGCAAGCAUUGAAUUCAGGGAAAGUUCUGAAGAUUCAUUUUUAUCUGCCAUUAUAAAUUAUACUAAUAGCUCUACAGUCCACUUUAAGUUGUCCCCUACAUAUGUAUUAUAUAUGGCAUGCCGGUAUGUAUUGUCCAACCAGUACAGACCUGACAUCAGCCCUACAGAGCGCACACAUAAAGUCAUUGCAGUCGUCAACAAGAUGGUGAGCAUGAUGGAGGGCGUCAUCCAGGAAGUAGACCAGGUUGACCAGAAACAGAAGAAUAUUGCAGGGGCACUUGCCUUCUGGAUGGCAAAUGCAUCUGAACUUCUCAACUUCAUUAAGCAAGACCGAGACCUUAGUCGGAUCACAUUGGAUGCUCAAGAUGUUUUAGCACAUUUGGUUCAAAUGGCAUUUAAAUACUUGGUUCACUGUCUUCAGUCAGAACUUAAUAAUUACAUGCCAGCCUUUCUAGAUGACCCUGAAGAGAACAGUCUGCAAAGACCAAAAAUAGAUGAUGUGCUGCACACGCUGACAGGAGCCAUGUCCUUGCUACGACGCUGCAGAGUCAAUGCCGCCCUGACCAUCCAGCUCUUCUCUCAGCUUUUCCACUUUAUCAAUAUGUGGCUGUUCAAUAGAUUAGUGACUGACCCAGAUUCAGGGCUGUGCUCCCAUUACUGGGGCGCAAUUAUCCGUCAGCAGCUGGGCCAUAUUGAAGCCUGGGCUGAGAAGCAGGGGCUGGAGCUGGCUGCAGACUGUCAUCUGAGCAGGAUCGUGCAGGCAACAACUUUGCUUACCAUGGAUAAGUAUGCACCUGAUGACAUUCCAAAUAUAAAUAGCACCUGCUUUAAGUUAAAUUCACUACAACUUCAAGCCUUAUUACAGAACUAUCACUGUGCACCUGAUGAGCCUUUUAUCCCAACGGAUCUUAUAGAAAAUGUAGUGGCUGUGGCUGAAAACACUGCUGAUGAGCUGGCCCGCAGCGAUGGAAGGGAAGUGCAGUUGGAGGAGGAUCCUGACCUCCAGCUGCCGUUUCUUUUGCCAGAAGAUGGUUAUUCUUGUGAUGUUGUCAGAAACAUUCCAAAUGGUUUACAAGAAUUUUUAGACCCUCUGUGCCAGAGAGGAUUUUGCAGGUUAAUUCCUCACACACGUUCACCAGGUACUUGGACAAUAUAUUUUGAAGGUGCAGAUUAUGAAAGUCACCUUCUACGUGAGAACACAGAGCUGGCUCAGCCGCUGAGGAAAGAACCUGAAAUAAUCACUGUGACCCUAAAAAAGCAGAAUGGAAUGGGCCUUAGCAUUGUUGCAGCAAAGGGUGCUGGUCAAGAUAAACUAGGAAUCUAUGUGAAGUCGGUUGUGAAAGGAGGUGCUGCAGAUGUGGAUGGACGUCUAGCUGCAGGUGAUCAACUCCUCAGCGUGGAUGGACGAAGUCUGGUUGGACUCUCUCAGGAAAGGGCAGCAGAACUCAUGACAAGAACAAGCUCUGUGGUGACACUGGAAGUAGCAAAGCAGGGUGCCAUCUACCACGGUCUGGCCACCCUUCUCAAUCAGCCAUCCCCCAUGAUGCAGAGAAUUUCAGAUCGUCGUGGCUCAGGUAAACCCCGACCAAAGAGUGAAGGCUUUGAACUCUAUAAUAAUUCCGCUCAAAAUGGGUCUCCUGAGAGUCCUCAGCUGCCUUGGGCAGAAUAUAGUGAACCAAAGAAAUUGCCCGGUGAUGACAGACUGAUGAAAAAUAGAGCUGAUCACCGUUCCAGCCCCAACGUAGCAAAUCAGCCUCCUAGUCCUGGAGGGAAAAGUGCAUAUGCCUCUGGAACAACAGCGAAGAUAACAUCUGUCUCUACUGGAAACCUCUGCACUGAGGAGCAGACGCCUCCGCCUAGACCUGAAGCCUACCCCAUCCCCACUCAGACGUACACCAGAGAGUAUUUUACCUUCCCAGCUUCCAAAUCCCAAGAUCGGAUGGCUCCUCCUCAGAACCAGUGGCCAAAUUAUGAGGAAAAGCCACAUAUGCACACAGAUAGUAAUCACUCCAGUAUUGCAAUUCAGCGUGUUACACGUUCCCAAGAAGAACUUCGAGAAGAUAAAGCUUACCAACUUGAGCGGCAUCGAAUAGAGGCAGCUAUGGACAGAAAGUCUGAUAGUGAUAUGUGGAUAAAUCAGAGCUCCUCAUUGGACUCCAGUACAUCUAGCCAAGAGCACCUGAACCAUUCCUCUAAGUCAGUCACCCCUGCUUCCACACUGACCAAAAGUGGCCCUGGCCGUUGGAAAACACCAGCAGCAAUACCGGCCACCCCUGUGGCCGUCUCCCAGCCAAUCCGAACAGACCUGCCUCCGCCACCCCCGCCACCUCCCGUCCACUAUGCCGGUGAUUUCGAUGGAAUGUCCAUGGAUUUGCCUCUCCCACCACCGCCUUCCACCAACCAGAUAGGACUGCCGUCUGCGCAGGUGGCUGCUGCCGAACGGAAGAAGAGAGAAGAACAUCAGCGUUGGUAUGAGAAAGAGAAGGCCCGCCUGGAGGAGGAGCGGGAGAGGAAGCGGAGAGAGCAGGAGAGGAAGUUGGGCCAGAUGCGCACUCAGUCCCUAAACCCUGCUCCGUUUUCUCCCCUGACCACACAGCAGAUGAAGCCAGAAAAACCUUCCACACUCCAGCGGCCCCAGGAAACAGUCAUUCGGGAGCUACAGCCUCAGCAGCAGCCCCGCACGAUCGAGCGCAGGGACUUGCAGUACAUCACAGUCAGCAAAGAGGAGCUUUCCUCGGGGGACAGUCUGUCCCCUGACCCGUGGAAGCGGGAUGCCAAGGAGAAGCUGGAGAAGCAGCAGCAGAUGCACAUCGUGGACAUGCUGAGCAAGGAGAUCCAGGAGCUCCAGAGCAAACCAGACCGCAGCGCCGAGGAGAGCGACCGGCUGCGCAAGCUCAUGCUGGAGUGGCAGUUCCAGAAGAGACUACAGGAGUCGAAGCAGAAGGACGAAGAUGACGAGGAGGAGGAGGACGACGAUGUGGAUACCAUGCUCAUCAUGCAGCGCCUGGAGGCUGAACGAAGAGCGAGGUUGCAGGACGAGGAGCGGAGGCGGCAGCAGCAGUUAGAAGAGAUGCGCAAGCGGGAAGCGGAAGACCGAGCGAGGCAAGAGGAAGAGCGCCGGCGGCAGGAGGAGGAGCGAACAAAACGAGACGCUGAAGAAAAGAGGCGACAGGAAGAAGGGUAUUACAGCCGCCUGGAAGCUGAGAGGCGCAGACAGCACGACGAGGCGGCGCGCAGGUUGCUGGAGCCCGAGGCACCUGGUCUGUGCCGCCCUCCGCUUCCCCGGGACUACGAGCCCCCGUCCCCGUCCCCCGCGCCCGGCGCCCCUCCUCCCCCGCCUCAGCGAAACGCCUCCUACCUCAAAACCCAGGCCCUCUCCCCCGACUCGCUGUUCACUGCCAAGUUUGUUGCAUACAAUGAGGAGGAGGAGGAGGAGGACUGCAGCCUAGCAGGACCAAACUCUUACCCGGGAUCUGCCGGAGCAGCUGUUGGAGCCCAUGACGCUUAUCGGGAUGCGAAAGAGAAGCGUUCUAAAAGCCAAGAUGCAGAUUUACCUGGAAGUUCUGGGGCCCCUGAAAACUUGACAUUCAAGGAACGCCAGCGUCUUUUUUCACAAGGUCAAGAUGUAUCCAAUAAAGUGAAAGCCUCUCGUAAAUUAACAGAACUGGAGAAUGAACUGAACACAAAAUGAAAAAAAAUGAGGAGGACACUUUGUAUUUACCCCAAAAUCUUCUCAGUUGUGGGUUUGUAGGUGCAAGUUUGAAGAGGAAAGAGGAAGGGGGUUAUAUUUCUAAUUGAUUUACAAUUUCUGUUUCUAAAAUGGUUGGGAUCUAGAAAUGUUUCAAUUCCAAGAAAUUUUAUUUUACUUUACCAUGAGAUUGCCGUUUAUGUAACUUAAACACUGUCUAGUUUCUUAAUUAUCUAACUCACAUGAGGAUAAGUUUUUUGUUGGUUUCUUUUUUGGAGUCCUGAGUUCAAAGGGGACAGAACUAAGGGCAGGAGGAGAGAAUGGACGUGUCUUCUCUCCCAUCUUCCCCUCAUCAUCAACCGAGGAGCACAAAGAAGUUCUGUUUCGUUUUUUGUUUUUUUCAGAAACUUGAUUUUAGCAGUCAAGCAGAGAAUAGCUUGAACUAUUCAGACUGUUGUUGGCACUGUUUAGAAGUGACCACACACUCUUCUACCCAGGAAGGGACAUGUGACGACAUGCUCCUCCCAUGUCCCCUGGUUGUGUCUCUUCCCACAAUAUCCUCCUAGUCUGCAUCGUGAAACGGCUUAGGCCAAAGCUUCCUGUGCGAUGACGCACAUCCGAGACUGUUCCACUCAUUCCUCGCAAAUCUGAGCUCUUCUGAUCAAUUCUAAAUAUUUGAUUAAUUUUAAUUCUGAAAGAAAAUUCUGAGGAUUUAAGCUUAGGGGAUUUUAUUUUUAUAAAUACCAGAUUAUUGUUAGACUUAAUAAAUCACUGGUAAAUUUAAAGAUGACAGUUACAUUACAAAGUUAACUAAACUUCAGCUGUUCCCAGGCAUCUGUAAAAGAAGAUACCUUGAUUGGAGCAAUGUUCGUGUGACUGGGAACGACAGAAGAAUGGGAGAUGAGUAGGAACCCCUCAAGCACAGCUGUCACUCAGACAUUUUUAAUUUGAAAAAGAGAGAUUUUCAUGUGUAUGCCGUCAAGAAAAGGAAGGAAUUCAAUUACAGGGCAUCUGUAACUUAAAUAUUGUAAGAAUAACUCAUGGAAGUUCAAGCUAUUUUUAUACUAUAAUAGAGUUAUUUAAUUUUAAUUUGUUGAAUUAUUAGUUACCACUGCUAUUUCUUCAGCUGUGGAUGUGUGGCUGAUGUUGGGGAGACGGACCUCAGUAUGUUUUAUAUUGUCUGGUGUUAAGAUGAUAAAUUACUUUGUGAUUACAAGCAAAUUUUCUAGUUGACAAAGCCCUUGGUGGAGUCCAAAUGAUUUUUCUGUACCAUAUUGUUCUCUUACACAUACGUAUGUUAGGAAAAUAGGCACACUUUCAAAGAGAAGCAUAGGGGCUUUUACUGCCUUCGAAAUCACUUUUAAUAAGAGUUGUAUGAUAAAUCAUUAAAAAUGCGAGUGUAAAUAUUUUUUUAUGUCUAUCAGGGUUUUUAUUUGAAAGUGUGCUCUUCCCAUUUCCUUGUUUGAGUAAGAGAGUGCAAUGGUUCUGAGUGUUCAGGAAGGAUUUGCUUGCUUGCGGCAGAGGUUCUAGGAAGAGCAAGCGCCUCCCAAAUAUCUUGAGAACACUGGCAGCCUUAUGGCCACUAAAUCCACACUUUCUUUAAAGAGAUGCAGAUGAAUUACUUUUCUGUUAAUAUAUAGAAAAAUACACGAGAACCUGCAGAUACAUGUAAAUAUCUACAUACAGGGAUAUUUGUGUGCGUGGUUGUGAAACCCAUACACAAGUGGAUUUGGCCAUCUUUGGGCAGUGAGGUCAAAUGUGAAUAUGUGUAAAAGUGCUUUUCAGAAGUGUGCAUUACUAUGAGAAAACAUCAAAACUGCUGUAGUUUUCCAUUUCUACUGUAUUUCAGUUGCAACCUAUUUUUAAUAAACUUUGUAUGUAUUUAAGUGUAUUUGCUAUUGUUUUGAAAGUGCUGACAAAAGUUUAUAUUUGUAACAUCAGCCUUCCUCGCCCGUCUCUUUCCAUCUUUCUAUUCUUCAUUAAACACUGAGUAUGA